AUGGCCCUAAAACCUGACCUUGGUUUAAGCCAGUAUGAUCUAUGGACCAUAAAGAAAACUCUAGCAGCUGGUGAUCUGGUAGGUAGUGUAACUCUUUCAAAAGAUGAGAUGGAAUGGUACAUAAUUCCUAAGAUGGAACGUUCUGGAAUCCAUUCCAUAACAAAAACCACCUUGUUGGGAGGCCCUUUUGUGACGGUAGAAAAUAUUGCUAGUAACGAAGGACCUCGUCUCGUAAGAUUGAUCCUGAGCCAUGGACAAGGGCCACCACAUUAUGGUAGUUACUCUUUCAUGAUGGGAUGGCCAGAUAUUGUGACAUCGAAGAAGCUCAAAGCAAGAGAUACAAUUGGACUUUGUUGGGAUAGAUGGGCUGGAAGGUUCAAAUUUAUGGUGAUAGAUAUUGCUUAA